AAAUAUACCUGUAUCGAAAGAGCAAACGACGCACCUGACGCUUCCAGGGGGAUUUGAGGGAAGGCCGAAAGUCUUUCUAUUGUUCUAGCGUUUACACUGCUCGACCACUCCCUGCAGUGACUGUGUGAACGGAGGUUUCGCAUAUCCCGCCCUCCCUGGAGUUCUGAUACACAACGCCCCAUCUCAUUGCCAUUGGGAAAACCACCUCGCCUGUUGUGGCAAACGGGGCAGUUUUAACCGGCCAACACCAUUUGUGGAUUUAUGUAAAAGUGUCAGAAGCUCAGGAGAGCGAGGGGACGUGAAUUUCAGACUUUCGGACACCGAUCUACCGGGUUCACCUGUACAGUCAUGAAGGCUUUUUUCCUGCUUGCCACAUUGCUGUGGUGUUUAACAGCGAGUUUCUCCUGGGCAGCUAAGAUUGUGGUGGUUCCUCCAAUUAUGUUUGAGAGCCACCUUUAUAUUUUUAAGACCCUGGCCUCUGCUCUCCAUGCUGAGGGCCACGACACAGUCUUCCUGGUCUCCGAAGGUCGCGAGGUCCCACCUUCCAACCAUUAUCGUCUCCAGCGCUACCCUGGAAUCUUUAACAGCACCUCAGCCGACGACUUCCUCCAAUCAAAAGUUCACAACAUUUUCUCAGGGCGUCUCACAGCACUGGAGCUUUUCGACAUCCUGGACCAUUAUUCUCAAAACUGUGAUGCCGUUGUUGGGAGUGCUUCUGUCAUGGAGCAGCUAAAACGUGAACAGUUUGACCUCCUGCUCGUUGAUCCUAAUGAAAUGUGUGGAUUUGUCAUAGCUCACAUCCUGGGUGUCCAGUACGCAGUAUUCAGCACAGGACUGUGGUACCCUGCAGAAGUUGGGGCGCCAGCACCCCUGUCUUACGUCCCAGAAUUUAACUCUCUAUUAACAGACCGUAUGUCAUUGUUCCAACGGGUAGCUAACACAGCAGUGUACCUGGUUUCCAGAUUUGGUGUCCAGUUCCUGGUUCUGCCCAAGUAUGAUCGCAUCAUGAGGAAAUACAACAUCCAGCCAUCUGUGUCCAUGCAUGAUCUAGUUCAGAAUAGUCGACUCUGGAUGCUGUGUACUGACUUGGCGCUCGAGUUCCCACGACCCACUCUGCCACAUGUUGUCUAUGUAGGUGGCAUCCUCACCAAACCCCCCAGCCCCUUGCCACAGGAGUUUGAAGCCUGGGUGAAGGAUACAGAUGAACAUGGUUUCGUAGUGGUGUCGUUUGGCGCAGGAGUCAAGUAUCUGUCAGAUGACAUUGCUCGGAAACUUGCAGGAGCCUUGAGCCGUCUUCCCCAGAGAGUCAUCUGGAGGUUCUCUGGAGUUCCUCCUUCCAAUCUUGGCAACAAUACUAAACUAGUGGAGUGGAUGCCACAGAACGACCUGUUGGGCCACACAAACACACGGGCCUUCUUGAGCCACGGGGGCUUGAACAGCAUCUAUGAGGCCAUGUAUCACGGUGUGCCCGUGGUGGGUGUUCCGCUGUUUGGUGAUCACUAUGACACCAUGACGCGAGUUCAGGCCAAAGGCAUGGGCAUAAUGCUUGAGUGGAAAAGGAUGAGUGAAGAAGACCUUUACAUUGCCAUGGUUAAUAUUAUUACAGACAAAAGGUAUCGUGAGCGAGCACAGUUGCUGUCUCAGAUUCAUAAAGAUCAGCCUGGUCAUCCAGUGAGCCGGGCGGUUUACUGGAUUAGCUAUAUACUCCGUCAUCGUGGCGCCGACCAUCUCCGCUCUACAGUCUAUGAGAUCCCCACCUACCAGUACUUCUUAUUGGACGUCGCUGUGGUGAUAGGAGUGUGCCUGCUUCUCCUUGGCUACUUGCUAUACCGAAUAGGCAAGUGCAUCCAAUCACGAGUGGUGCGCGGUUCAUCUCCGGCGGAGAAGGUGAACGGACAUUGUCAUAAUGGAAUUCCAAAUGGCAAGCACAAAAGAAAUGGCCAUGUUAGAAGUACGGAGAAGAAACUAAAGUAAAGCACUAGGAGAAAUCAACACUAACGCUUCACUAAAGAGAGGAAUUAACUACUCUUCACUCAAAACAGGGCCUAUCCAGGAAAUAAAUAUAUGGGUCAAUAAAGAAACAAACCAACCAUUAUAACAACAAACUGUAAGUGGGAAGCCAAAGUAAGGAAGAAUGGAAGGAAACCAGAAAACAUAAAUGGAAAGCCCACCCCCCCUUGUGGAAGUUUAUCCUUGUGGAAAAAGCAACAGAUUUGAAGUUUAGAAAUUAACGUUUUUAACAAGAAGCUAUCAUGCUAUGGGGCAUCAGGUUUUACUACAUCCAAAUACAACAGAGAUCUAUAUCUAUUUAUAGAAAUGUCAUACUUUUUUGUGCACUGUUGUGCGCUGAUUUUAAUUUAUGUUCUAUAUUUAUGUUUCACUCACUCCGUCCCUACUUUGUUUUCAUUUCUUCAGGAAUAUUAAUUCUUGGAUGUUAGCAGUGCUAGCAAGCUAGCAUAUUUGCUAGUGUUUAUUUUGCCAGCCUUGCCUUAAUCUUUAAUAUGCUUUUUGUUCUGCUAACAUACAACCUCAUUCCUUGUAGACACAAAUCUGCACUAGUUAAUGUUGCUAGUUAUGCUAGCUAUGCAAAAUGCUAGAGAUUUUGAUGGGGAUAGUUAAACUUGAAAACUUGCUUCUAUUUACAAUAAUUUUGGAAAGCUACAGUAGGAGCCAGUAUACUGGUAUACCCAUACUAUUGUGUUGCUUCAUGGAUGUUUAUGUUCUGAAGUUUAAAUUCUUCCUCACUGCAGUCAUCUUUACUGAAUGGUUUAUUUUAUUAAGCAAAUCAUGCUUAGGAGGAACAUUUUAGGGGGGUGGGGGGUAUAUAGCAGUUACGCGUGAGUGCCUGUGUGUGUCUCGAAAUGUCCCAAACAAACUACAUUUUUAUUAGAAUAUGUAUCAGACGAGUGUUGUUAUCAACGCAAAAGAUCGUUUGCUGACAUGUUCCCACAAAUCAAUGGGCCUAGAGUGACCUGGAGGAAUUUGGUACUGUAAUGAACAUUUCCCAUGGUGCUCUAUUGGUUCUUUUAACCUUUAGCCAUUUACAUCACUGGAAGUUCUGUGAAAGGCAAUAUUUUGGUAACAUGUCGAUCUAACAUUUAGUUGUGUGACUUUUCACCAGGUGUUUUGAGGUGGCAAUAAACAGAACUUCUGCAAAUUAUUUGUGCGUUAAAGUGCAUUCUCAGCCUCAGAGGUUUUAUUUUAAAUAAAUGCCACUGGACAACCUGUUAUAAAAUCACAUGCUGUUUUUACAACUCAAUGUCAGACUGAACUGUUGCCAGUAAUAGUCUCAGUGUGAUUGUUUUAAAUGCACCACAACACUGUUCAUAUAAUCCUUGUCCCCCCCCCACCUUAAGAACACAAAACCAAAAUAGCUUAAAUGAAGAAUCACUGAUGUCAUAAUAAUUUGAAACUGUUUUUACCAUGAGGUUGAAAGCAUUUCGUCAGCCAAGCACUGUUUUAGACUGCCCAUACUUGAAAAUACGCUAGCUGCAAUACGGCUGCAAAUGCAUCAGAGCUAUGACUGGUGAAACAGUGACGCACACAUUUUGAACAUCGUAAUUGUUUUCUAGUUGUUUGUUUUGUAUGAUUUUCAGUAUUAAUAUUAGAUGGUUAACAACAGAGGAAAAAGCUGCAGAUGGACUCUAACCUUAAAGGCCGUGUGUGUGCGCGAGUUGUAAUAGAUUGUUAUUUCUUAUAUGUGAAAUGCGUAUGCGUGUGCAUUUGAAUGGGGUUGCUUGAGCCUACUUGUGUCCAGCUUUCCCUUUAUAUACUGAUCAUUUAAAACCAAUGUUCCAGUUCGCUUACAGUGCAUUGAAGCCUUUCUUUGUCUCUCAUAGUCUGUUUCCUGAUAAAGUCCUUGUAGAAGUAGUUGUUAAAGGCUGCUUGAAGGAGUUUAGUCUUAUUUUUUUAGUUUUUUUUUUCAUAAUGAUUUAAUGUGUGUCUGUGUUAUGUAAAUAA